UCGGCGCUGCUAGUGCUACCGGAAAUUACGCUAGAAAUGGAUAUUGCAAUCAAAAAGCAAAUUGCAGGACUUGGUGCGGCUACGCAUAUUGAAAACACGGAUCUGGUAGCACCAGUGAACUUGAUUGCGCAUUCUAUAUUCAGCUCGGUAGAGGUAACAAUGGCCAACCGCCUGAUAACUAAUUCCACCCCAUUAUAUGCCUACCGAGCGUACUUGGAAAAUUUGUUGGGGUACACACCGGCUGCCCUAAAAGCCAGGCAACAAGUGCUGGAUUUUAUAUAGACACUCCCGGGUACCUAGAAGAUCAUGCCAAUAACGCUGGAGAAGUAACGCGAAAAGCUAUGUUUGUGACCAACGAGUACGUCCCGUUCAGCGCCAAAUUAUGUACGGACAUUUUUCAGCAGGGAAAAAAUUUGAUCACCGGUGUACCGCUACAUGUGCGCCUCAUUUUGAAUAAGCCGGAAUUCUACCUGCGUACAUAUGCCAAUCUUCCAGUGGAUACCUUUAAAGCAUACAUUCGCAAUCCGCGGUUGUACGUCAAACGCUUUGUGCCUAAUCCGGCAUAUUUGUCUGCGCUUACUGCCCAAUUAUCGACAAAGACUGUGAAAUACCCUAUUGAGCGAGUGUGUAUGCGUGUUAAUGAUAUUGGUAUGAUUCAGAGCACAGUGCUGGCUAAUUUACAUAUUGGAGCAGUACCCAAAUGUGUUUUUGUGGGAUUUGUAAAAAGCUCGAGUUUUCACGGGCUGCGCCGAGGUAAUCCGUUUAACUUUGAACAUUUCAAUCUCAACUAUAUAAGUGUCGAAGUCGACGGACAGUCGUAUCCCGCACAAGCCUACCGACCAAAUUUCGCCACGGGUGAUUAUUUGCAAUCAUAUGACGGUCUGUUGGAGACGCUCGGCCGCUUGCACGCACCGGACGGGGCGCUGCCUUUCGACCGUAAAGCAUUUGCGGAAGGAUUUUCUAUUUGGGGAUUCGAUCUGACACCUUCACGGACAGGCCGGGGACCGAUGAGCACCGUGCGCCAAGGAAAUCUAUCAAUCCGCCUGCAGUUCGCCGCCCAAUUAACUGAACCAAUUAUGGCCAUUACGAUGAUGGUGUGGGAUAAUAUUAUUGAAGUUAAUUCACAUCGCCAGCUAAUUGCGGAUUUUACAGCGUAAAAACCUAACAUCGGCACUAAAAUGGACACUGCUGAAAUCGACCACGUGCUACGUUCAAGUACCGUGACGAAAGAUGCUUUUAUUGGUGUAUUUGCUGCGGACAUGUUACCACCGUCCCUGCCAAUGAAGCUGCCAUGGGCAUGCGUUGUCAAUACUGACGAAGCUGCAAAGCCAGGCUCACAUUGGUUGGCGUUCUACCAGGACGUCCCGGGAAAAUUGGAAUAUUUUGACUCUUAUGGUCACGAACCGAGAUUUUACGGCAUCCAUAUUGAAAGUUUUUGCAAGAACGCCGAGUUAGUUAUUUCGCAAGCGCAUCGUUUACAAAUGGAAUGGAGUACCGUGUGCGGACAGUACUGCUGCUUUUUUAUUCUAAAACGAUGCUCCGGCGAGUCAUUUACCUCUCUUAUUCAUUUGUUCACCAAUAGCAAAUCGUCGAAUGAUCGAAUGGUUUGUGCUUAUAUUAAUCAUUAUUUUGAUUUGAACACUGUAAUACGUGAUCGCUCUAUGAUAAUUCAGUCUGUUUUCCGUCAAAUAAUGCAAUAAAGUCUGGCCAUCCAAACCCUUACGUAUGAGUGUAGGUGUAGUUACUUUGUACCGCAACAAAUUGCAGUGCAACAAAAUAUUACACUACAGCAACAUUGCGCUGCCAUGUGGAUGUUUUGUUUCGAAAUAUAAACAGGACAUCGCAUUUUGUACUCGUGGUCUUGCCAAAAACAUGUGCUUCAUAGAAGUUUUUCCUUACUGCAUCUAUUUCUAUUUGG